AUGUCUACGAUGCAGUAAACAGAGGAAAGCUUUUUAAAUUACAAUAGAAUCGUUGUUAAACUUCUCUAGAAAAAAUCAUUUGGAAUACUUAAGAAACGAUUUAAAAUAUGUCUGCCAGAAAAUUUAGGUUAAUUCAGAUUUUACCCUAGAAGCAAUCAGACUCUAGAGAAUGCAAUUCAACGAGAAAAGCUAUUAGCAUUUGAAGAUGAUGUCCUCUUCAUUACUAACAAUAUAAGUCACUCAAAAUAGGUUAUCAAUGCUAUUGAAGGCCUCAAAUUUGAAUUCAACCCAAUUAUUAAUAAGGAAAAAUUGGCUUUCCACUUUGACCAUAGAGUUCAGAAGAAAUAUCUGAGAUAAAAAAUAGCAGGGUAAAUGAAUGAGAUCUCAAUAACAAGAUACGAAGCCAUUUUAAUGAAGAAGAUUUAUAGAAUCCCCAUGAAUACCAAAUCAUCAGCCAUCAAUGUAGCAUCGAAUUGGUACGAGAUACUCAAAAAACUUGUUAUACAUUAAAGUAACUAACAUAAGGUAAUAGUAAUUAAGAAUUAUCUUGAUAAUUGCUCUUCACUAUCUGGAAUCGGUGAAAAUCACUACAUUCAACAACAUCUUUAACAAAGAUUAAAAUACCCUUUCAGACUUAUCCAAUACAUUAAGAUCCAGAAUAUGACUUUUUAUCAUUGGCUGACUAUAAGAAAAUAAAAAAUAGAAUAAUAAAGGCUAUUUUAAAGACAACUGCUUGCUUUUAGAAUAAAAAAAUCAGAAAAAGAAUGGCAAAUUUAACGUUAUUAAACAAUAACAAAAAUAAAAAGCCUCAAAUCAGAUAUGCAUCCGGAAAUUUCAAAGCAAAAGGACUUCUUGAUUAAUAAGACAAAGUUUGGAUAUUGGAAAAAUGGAUCUUGGAUUUUUUUAAAAAAACUUUUCGGCUGCUUAAAUUGA